AUGGAAAUGAGCUUGGAGAACAUAAUAACAUAUCCACACAGCCAUGAUAUCCCUGAAAGAAUCAAGUUUCCCAAGACAUUGGAAGAAUUUGGAUAUUAUUUCAACGAGCGAGGGGAGCUGAGGAAUACAGUGACAGAUGAACGUUUCCUCUUUGACGUAAGAAAAAAUGACCCAGCAUACAAUCAAGCACGUUACGAUGCGUUAGGCGAGAUUGUGUCACAAUAUGUUGAGGAUCUUCUUGUGACAAAAUACGGGUUUAUUCAACAAUUUGUGCCAGUCGAAGCAGCCUAUGACCAGACAAUACCCCAUUGUCCGAUUUAUUUGAGCGCCAAUGCAUACACAUGUAAGAAGUUGAUAUUAUUGAUUCAGGGAAGCGGAGGUGUUCGUCCUGGUCAAUGGUCUAGACAAGUGAUAAUCAAUGAUUCUCUCAAGCUGGGUUCAAUGUUUCCGUACAUCGAACAAGCCCAAGAACGAAAUUUCGGCAUCAUAAUCUUCAACCCAAAUGUUAACUCUGUGACUAUACAUAAUUCAAAUGGCUGUGACGAACGCCAAAGCAUAAAAAAUUCUGCAACUCCAGUUGAGCAUUGCCUUUACGUUUGGAAGAACUUUGUAAGUCGGGCGACGACGGCAGAAGAUAUUGUAAUUAUAGCACACAGUCUUGGUGGGCUUUGUGCCACAUAUCUCCUCAAGGACCUUGCCGAAGAAUUCUGUAACCGGAUCAAGGCUAUCGCUCUCACAGACAGCGCCCACAAUAUUGCCGUUAUACCCGAAUUUUUGCGAUUAUGGUUUUCCCGCGUCACCAUCAAUUGGGUCAUAUCACCCGAGCCGUUGGAUACACCAGUCCCUGAUGCAGCAAAUUAUGGGUGUCCGUGCUUGUCGGCAGGACAUGUGAAACACGAAUAUACUUCGGGAUCAGCCUUCCCGGCCAUCUUUAAAUUUAUUUCACACAUGUUCUCCGUACCAGUUCCUAUUCGAUUAUCAAAAUCUGUGAAAACCCCAAUAAUAAGUAACGCGACUGUCGGGCACACAGCACGUUUGGGCGAUAAUAUUGCUAUUGAGAAUACAGCACGACAAAUAGAGAUCAUUGAAAUCGAGGAUAGUGAUGGGGAAAUACAAAAUGAUGCUCUGUUUAUCGAGAGGAGAAUGAGGAAGGUUCAUAUAGAAGCAAGGUCUACUAGUGCUGUAAUAGGGAGUAUAGACAUAGAUUCGCCUGAAGAUAGGACUAUCAAUACUAUAAUGGAGAGCAUAAAUUUAGACCCACCUGAGGCCAAUGAAGCCUUGUCGACUAUAUUCAAUCCACCAGAGGCCGAUGAAUUCUCGUCGAUUAUAUUCGAUCCGCCAGGGGCCAACGAAAUCUCAUCGAUUAUAUUCGAUCCGCCAGAGGCCAACGAAAUCUCAUCGAUUAUACUCGAUCCGCCGGGGGCAAACGAAAUCUCAUCGAUUAUACUCGAUCCGCCGGGGGCCAACGAAAUCUCAUCGAUUAUACUCGAUCCGCCGGGGGCCAACGAAAUCUCAUCAAUUAUACUCGAUCCGCCGGGGGCCAACGAAAUCUCAUCGAUUAUACUCGAUCCUCCAGGGGCCAACGAAAUCUCAUCGCUAACAUACCAUGAUAUAAUCGACUCUGAUGAAGAGUAUACUACAGAAGUGGCAUAUGCAACACAGCCUGUACCAUCUACAUCACUUAAUGAACCUGUACAAUCCACAUCACCUACUGCACCUGUACCAUCUACAUCACUUAAUGCAUCUGUACAAUCCACAUCACUUAAUGCAUCUGUACAAUCUACAUCACUUAAUGCAAUUACCGAAGAUGAGCCUCAAGUUCAGCCACGAGGAUUUUUCCAAAAUUUGUUCAAUACUCUUUCAUCGGUGAAAUCGGUAUUUUCUCUGGGCUGGUUUAAUCGAACCCAAACAGGAAAUGAGCCUUCUCUUAAUGAGGCACCACAAAUGACAGAACGAGAAAGAGCUAAAGCAACAGCUCAGAUGGCACCAUUACAACCGAGACGGUUGAAUGCAUCAGAAAGAAAGGCUGCUCGAAGGACAAGAUAA